GAUUCCCUCACUGGAUAUAUAUGUAUAAACUUGUAUAUCUAUGUGUACUGAUUUGUGAUUCUCCCACUGGAUAUGUGUGUAUAAACCUGUAUAUCAAUGUAUAUUGAUUUGUGAUUCCCUCACUGGAUAUACGUGUAUAAAAACUUGUAUAUCAUGUUUCCUGGAUUUUUUUGUUUUGUAUAAAAUUGUAUAUAAUAAUUAAAUGUUCUUUAACAAUAGGUAUCACCUUUCAUGCGUGGACGAAGAUUGUGUUUGGUUUUUCAAAUCUUCUGCCAUAUACAAGGCAGAAAUAUUCAAGGUAAGAAGUUUCAAUAAUGUUCAUACAUGCUCGUUUAGUGAAAGAUUCUUGACACAGCGUUAUGCUACUUCUAAAGUUGUUGCAAGUAUAAUCAAGGACAAAUGUGUUGAUCCAAAAACAAUUUACACUGCAAAUGAUAUUAUAAGCGACAUACAAAAGAAACACGGGGUUGAAUUGAGCUAUAUGAAAGCGUGGAGGGCUAAAGAAAUAGCAAUGGAAAUGGUAAGAGGAAACCCACGUGAUUCUUAUAGGGAGGUGCCGAAAUACUUGUAUAUUUUGGAGCAGUCAAAUCCAGGAAUGGUUACAAAAUUGCACAAAUCAGAAGAUGGGCGCUUUCUCUAUGUAUUUGUUUCCCUGUUCGCAUGCAUCAAGGGGUGGGAAUAUUGCAGGCCAAUAAUGGUAGUUGAUAGAAGCUUUCUAAAAGCAACAUACAAGGGUACCAUAUUAACUGCUUGCACACAAGAUGGAGCUGGAAAAAUCCUUCCGCUUGCUUAUGCAAUUGUGGAUUCUGAGAACAAUAAAUCUUGGAAGUGGUUUUUCAUUCAACUAAAGGAUGUUUUCGGAGUGUAAGAAGGGAUGUGUAUAGUUUCGGACAGACACGAGGGAAUCUUGAAUGCCACAGCAGCUGUAUAUCCAGAAAUUCCACAUUGUUUUUGUAUAUUUCACCUGUGGGGAUACAUAUCAGAUCAAUUCAAGAAACAUAAGGACCAGUUGCAUGACCUCUUCCAUGCUGUGGCUAAUGCUUGCACCAUUCAGAAAUUUGAAUACUUUAUGAUGGAAAUAUCUAAAAUUGAUGAGAGGGUGCCUGGUUACUUGCAUGAAAUUGGGUACGAAAGGUGGUCUAUGUUACACUCAAAAGUGAAAAGAUCGAUGGCCAUGACUUUGAAUAUUGCGGAGUCGAUUAAUUCAUCAAACAAACAUGCUAGAGACACGCCAAUAAUGUGUGUGCUGGAGUUCAUGACAAACUUGAUACAACAAUGGAACUACCAUAGUCGGAAAAAAGCAAUGAAAUCAUCCACUGCACUUGGCAAAAAGUAUGACAAGCUCAUUGGGGUUAAUCUGUAUGAGGCACAGAAAAUGACGGUUAGCUAAAAUCCUUUAUAAUUUUGUAUAAUUCUGUAUAAUUGCGUGACAUAUAAUAUUUGUUUGUAUAUGUUUGUAUAAUUCGCAUUAGUAGCAGUAUUGCCUUCUGUUUUGCUCUUGUUCUGUUUAGCCUUUUGAGAUUGAGAUAGUGAUGAUAAUAAAGGAAGAUAUGCUUGUAUAAUUUUGUAUAUGCUGGUAUAAUUUUGUAUAUAUUUGUAUAAUCUUGUAUAUGUUUGUAUAAAAUACUGUGGCUUUUCUUUAAAAAAAUUUCAGGUAAGGCCUGCUACAGACAAGUUGUACACUGUAUUUGAAGGAGUAAAGAGAAACAUUG